CGUAAGCUUAAUUUCAUUUGUUGUUUUAUUUCAUUUGUUGUUUUGUGAAUGCAGUGAAUGUGUUUUUGUUUAAAAUUUGCAAGGCUCGCUUUUGCGAUUGAUGAGUUUUCUGAGAGUUUACAUAAGCUAGACCAUAAGGAGAGCUUCUCUACCACAUCAUGGUUUCCUAUUUCACAAUUGAUGCGAUAGGGGAAGUAACGAAUUUCCAAAAAGAAAUUUCCAAUAUGAUGCACGGUUUUGGAGACAACCCUAAUCCCAACGCAGCUACAGUCGUCCUUGUAGAGAAUAUUGUUUUACAACAGCUCAGAUUAAUAUUACAAGAGGCCCUUAACAAUUCAAACAUGCGAGGCGGUAAGGCUAUAUCAAAUUAUGAUAUAAUUUAUUUGAUGAGAAAGAAUCCUAUGAAACUUAAACGAUUGCAUGAUUAUCAGAUUAAAUUGGACCAAAUAGAUAAAAACCGUAGUUCAGUAUCAGGUGUUCCAACAUCUGAGAAUCUGAUUUCGAAUAUUAUAAUGGAAGAUGAGAAAGAUCCAACUAUUAAAAAGCGCCGAACACACAUUGACGUUAUCAGAGAAAUUGACGAAUUUUCCGAGGUCAGCCAGUUUAAAUUUGACGUCAUAGAUUACUUGAGGAAAGUAAGAGCUGCAAAAAUAACAGAGUCAAUGUCAUUUGAAAAGUAUGAAGCUUAUCAUAAGGCGAGAUGUAGUUCUUUUCGUUCAAGUUAUGGCCUUGGGAAAGGUUUUGUAAAGUUAGAGAGGUGGAUUAAUCCUAAUAAAGAGUUGAAGAUCACUCUAAUGGCAUUGGAAAUCCUCUGUUUUAUAGCUUAUGAGACUGUUGCAGAAUUAGUUGAUGCAGUGUUUCUUACAAGGCAAGAUGCCAAGAAAAAGAAUGGUGAUCCUUAUAGCAAGUUUGAAGGUGGCCAUUUCUGUAACCCAGUUAGUUUGAACAAUGCUGUGUAUAUCAAGUCUGGGUAUGAAGGAGUCCCUGCAAUAACUGUUGCGGAAGUGAGAGAAGUUUUAAGAAGAUAUUUUUCACCCCGAGUGGGUAUGAAUGGACUGUUUUAUAGAAAUAUGUGUCAGGAUUUGCCUGUCAGGUUCAUUGCUAUAUGAAUUUAAAAAUAAAUUAGUUUAACGUAAUAAAUGUUGUUAUAAAUGUCAA